GUCGUUGAUUCAUAGCGUCAAUUUUGAAGGCUGUGAGGGAAGAAAGAACAAUUAAUUAAAUGGCACACCCUAAUGACUACGCCUUUGCAAGGGAGGAACAUUCAAUCAUUAUCCUUAUUAAGUAUCACAACACAGUUGGGAGGUGAUACACAGUACAGGACUGAAACCAAGGCAGGAGUUGCAUUCUCCAAUUUACUUACCUUCAUUUGGCACGGUAAGUUCUUUCUCCUACUUCACUUGCAAACAUCACGCUCGGGUUCCUGAGGUGGCAAUAGCAUCUAGGACCGUUCGUGGAACUUCGAUCAACAGCCGGUCUGGUUUGGCGUCGCAACAAAGAAGGACAAAGUCAGUUGACAACGGAUACUUGGGACUGCCGAGAAGAUCAUUGGUACUCUUAAGGAUUGCCAGACGUUUGGGCUGACAAAAUUCCCUUGGACUCACUACAACCCAGAAGGAACCUUUUCUAGCUCCUUUCCACUGUCAUAGUGACGUGGAGCGUCACGAAGAUCCUAUCUUGACAUCGUGGCAGCUCCAGAGUAGACGCUUAGGUCUUCUUCGCAUCCGCCACCAAGCAGUCUGAGAGGGCCAGCGUAUAAAAGACACCAUCUCAUUUCAGACAUCAUAUGCCACAAUGAUCACUUUCAAAAUAUUCACCGUUCUCCUUCUCCUUGUCAGAAUCACCAGUCUGCCAACAAGGAGAAAAUGGUCAAGGAUGAUAGAGGAGGAUUUAGGACCAGAAGACGACCACAAGGAUAAUACAGUUUUUUUACCGGAGGCCAGCCAACAUAUUCUUAAUGUUCCCUCAGAAAGCUCACGCAAAUAUGACACCACAAAUAGAAGGAAUUCCCAUGACGUCGCAAAUGACAAACUGAACCCACAUGAAGAAAAUAUCCCUUGCCGGAAUACCAGUGAUUCCAGCCAUGAAAAACAACCGUCUUGUCACCAUACCCGUGACUCCAAUCAUGAAAAACAAAAGCCUUGCCGACAUAACCAUGGCUCCAUUCAUAAAAAAACUCCUUGCCGGCAUACCAGUGACGACCCUGAUAAAAACCAACCCCCUUGCCGGCAUGCCCAUCACUCAGGCCAUAAAGGAAAAAAACCCUGCCAGCAUACCCAUGACUCAGGCCAUAAAGGAAAAAAACCUUGCCAGCAUACCCAUGACUCAGGCCAUAAAGGAAAAAAACCUUGCAAGCAUACCCAUGACUCCGACAAAGAAGACAAUGACUCCGUCUUUUAUGAACUUCACCCUUGCCCGCCGAGAAACUUCACAACACCAGCAACGCAGACAACUUCAAGUGAAACAACAAGUGAUAGCACGCUAAGCAGUGACAGCACCCUCUCUAGCGAUAGCACCCUGUCCAGUGAUAGCACGCUAAGCAGUGACAGCACCCUCUCCAGCGAUAGCACCCUCUCUAGCGAUAGCACCCUGUCCAGCGACAGCACGCUAAGCAGUGACAGCACCGUCUCCAGCGAUAGCACCCUCUCUAGCGAUAGCACCAUGUCCAGCGACAGCACACUAAGCAGUGACAGCACCCUCUCUAGCGAUAGCACCCUGUCCAGUGAUAGCACGCUAAGCAGUGACAGCACCCACUCUAGCGAUAGCACCCUGUCCAGUGAUAGCACGCUAAGCAGCGACAGCACCGUCUCCAGCGAUAGCACCCUCUCUAGCGAUAGCACCAUGUCCAGCGACAGCACACUAAGCAGUGACAGCACCCUCUCUAGCGAUAGCACCCUGUCCAGUGAUAGCACGCUAAGCAGCGACAGCACCCUCUCCAGCGAUAGCACCCUCUCUAGCGAUAGCACCCUGUCCAGCGACAGCACGCUAAGCAGUGACAGCACCCACUCUACCGAUAGCACCCUGUCCAGUGAUAGCACGCUAAGCAGCGACAGCACCCUCUCCAGCGAUAGCACCCUCUCUAGCGAUAGCACCCUGUCCAGCGACAGCACACUAAGCAGUGACAGCACCCUCUCUAGCGAUAGCACCCUGUCCAGUGAUAGCACGCUAAGCAGUGACAGCACCCUCUCUAGCGAUAGCACCAUGUCCAGCGACAGCACGCUAAGCAGUGACAGCACCCUCUCUAGCGAUAGCACCCUGUCCAGUGAUAGCACGCUAAGCAGUGACAGCACCCUCUCCAGCGAUAGCACCCUCUCUAGCGAUAGCACCCUGUCCAGCGACAGCACGCUAAGCAGUGACAGCACCGUCUCCAGCGAUAGCACCCUCUCUAGCGAUAGCACCAUGUCCAGCGACAGCACACUAAGCAGUGACAGCACCCUCUCUAGCGAUAGCACCCUGUCCAGUGAUAGCACGCUAAGCAGUGACAGCACCCUCUCUAGCGAUAGCACCCUCUCUAGCGAUAGCACCCUGUCCAGCGACAGCACGCUAAGCAGUGACAGCACCCUCUCUAGCGAUAGCACCCUGUCCAGUGAUAGCACGCUAAGCAGCGACAGCACCCUCUCCAGCGAUAGCACCCUCUCUAGCGAUAGCACCAUGUCCAGCGACAGCACACUAAGCAGUGACAGCACCCUCUCUAGCGAUAGCACCCUGUCCAGUGAUAGCACGCUAAGCAGCGACAGCACCCUCUCCAGCGAUAGCACCCUCUCUAGCGAUAGCACCCUGUCCAGUGAUAGCACGCUAAGCAGUGACAGCACCCUCUCUAGCGAUAGCACCCUCUCUAGCGAUAGCACCCUGUCCAGCGACAGCACGCUAAGCAGUGACAGCACCCUCUCUAGCGAUAGCACCCUGUCCAGUGAUAGCACGCUAAGCAGCGACAGCACCCUCUCCAGCGAUAGCACCCUCUCUAGCGAUAGCACCAUGUCCAGCGACAGCACACUAAGCAGUGACAGCACCCUCUCUAGCGAUAGCACCCUGUCCAGUGAUAGCACGCUAAGCAGCGACAGCACCCUCUCCAGCGAUAGCACCCUCUCUAGCGAUAGCACCCUGUCCAGUGAUAGCACGCUAAGCAGUGACAACACCCUGUCCAGCGACAGCACCCUAAGCAGUGACAGCGCCGCAAGCGAUAGCACGCUAAGCAGUGACAGCACCCUCUCUAGCGAUAGCACCCUGUCCAGUGAUAGCACUCUAAGCAGUGACAGCACCCUCUCCAGCGAUAGCACUCUAAGCAGUGACAGCACGCUUUCCAGUGAUACCACGCUAACCAGUGACAGCACCAUAUCUAGCGAUAGCACACCCUCUAGCGAUAGCACCCUGUCCAGCGACAGCACGCUAAGCAGUGACAGCACCCUCUCUAGCGAUAGCACCGUGUCCAGUGAUAGCACGCUAAGCAGUGACAGCACCCUCUCCAGCGACAGCACGCUAAGCAGCGACAGCACCCUCUCCAGCGAUAGCACCCUCUCUAGCGAUAGCACCCUGUCCAGCGACAGCACGCUAAGCAGUGACAGCACCCUCUCUAGCGAUAGCACCGUGUCCAGUGAUAGCACGCUAAGCAGUGACAGCACCCUCUCCAGCGAUAGCACCCUCUCUAGCGAUAGCACCCUGUCCAGCGAUAGCACGCUAAGCAGUGACAGCACCCUCUCUAGCGAUAGCACCCUGUCCAGUGAUAGCACGCUAAGCAGUGACAGCACCCUCUCCAGCGAUAGCACCCUCUCAAGUGACAGCACCCUGUCAAGCGAUAGCACCCUGUCCAGCGACAGCACGCUAAGCAGCGACAGCACCCUCUCCAGCGAUAGCACCCUCUCUAGCGAUAGCACCCUGUCCAGCGACAGCACGCUAAGCAGUGACAGCACCCUUUCUAGCGAUAGCACCCUGUCCAGUGAUAGCACGCUAAGCAGUGACAGCACCCUCUCCAGCGAUAGCACCCUCUCUAGCGAUAGCACCCUGUCCAGCGACAGCACGCUAAGCAGUGACAGCACCCUCUCUAGCGAUAGCACCGUGUCCAGUGAUAGCACGCUAAGCAGUGACAGCACCCUCUCCAGCGAUAGCACCCUCUCUAGCGAUAGCACCCUGUCCAGCGACAGCACGCUAAGCAGUGACAGCACCCUCUCUAGCGAUAGCACCCUGUCCAGCGAUAGCACGCUAAGCAGCGACAGCACCCUCUCUAGCGAUAGCACCCUGUCCAGUGAUAGCACGCUAAGCAGUGACAGCACCCUCUCCAGCGAUAGCACCCUCUCAAGUGACAGCACCCUGUCAAGCGAUAGCACCCUGUCCAGCGACAGCACGCUAAGCAGCGACAGCACCCUCUCCAGCGAUAGCACCCUCUCUAGCGAUAGCACCCUGUCCAGCGACAGCACGCUAAGCAGUGACAGCACCCUCUCUAGCGAUAGCACCCUGUCCAGCGACAGCACGCUAAGCAGCGACAGCACCCUCUCCAGCGAUAGCACCCUCUCUAGCGAUAGCACCCUGUCCAGCGACAGCACGCUAAGCAGUGACAGCACCCUCUCUAGCGAUAGCACCCUGUCCAGUGGUAGCACGCUAAGCAGUGACAGCACCCUCUCCAGCGAUAGCACCCUCUCUAGCGAUAGCACCCUGUCCAGCGACAGCACGCUAAGCAGUGACAGCACCCUCUCUAGCGAUAGCACCCUGUCCAGUGGUAGCACGCUAAGCAGUGACAGCACCCUCUCCAGCGAUAGCACCCUCUCUAGCGAUAGCACCCUGUCCAGCGACAGCACGCUAAGCAGUGACAGCACCCUCUCUAGCGAUAGCACCGUGUCCAGUGAUAGCACGCUAAGCAGUGACAGCACCCUCUCCAGCGAUAGCACCCUCUCUAGCGAUAGCACCCUGUCCAGCGACAGCACGCUAAGCAGUGACAGCACCCUCUCUAGCGAUAGCACCCUGUCCAGCGAUAGCACGCUAAGCAGCGACAGCACCCUCUCUAGCGAUAGCACCCUGUCCAGUGAUAGCACGCUAAGCAGUGACAGCACCCUCUCCAGCGAUAGCACCCUCUCAAGUGACAGCACCCUGUCAAGCGAUAGCACCCUGUCCAGCGACAGCACGCUAAGCAGCGACAGCACCCUCUCCAGCGAUAGCACCCUCUCUAGCGAUAGCACCCUGUCCAGCGACAGCACGCUAAACAGUGACAGCACCCUCUCUAGCGAUAGCACCCUGUCCAGUGAUAGCACGCUAAGCAGCGACAGCACCUUCUCCAGCGAUAGCACCCUCUCUAGCGAUAGCACCCUGUCCAGCGACAGCACGCUAAGCAGUGACAGCACCCUCUCUAGCGAUAGCACCCUGUCCAGUGAUAGCACGCUAAGAAGUGACAGCACCCUCUCAAGCGAUAGCACCCUCCCUAGCGAUAGCACCCUGUCCAGCGACAGCACGCUAAGCAGUGACAGCACCCUCUCUAGCGAUAGCACCGUGUCCAGUGAUAGCACGCUGAGCAGCGACAGCACCCUCUCCAGCGAUAGCACCCUCUCUAGCGAUAGCACCAUGUCCAGCGACAGCACACUAAGCAGUGACAGCACCCUCUCUAGCGAUAGCACCCUGUCCAGUGAUAGCACGCUAAGCAGUGACAGCACCCUCUCUAGCGAUAGCACCAUGUCCAGCGACAGCACGCUAAGCAGUGACAGCACCCUCUCUAGCGAUAGCACCCUGUCCAGUGAUAGCACGCUAAGCAGUGACAGCACCCUCUCCAGCGAUAGCACUCUAAGCAGUGACAGCACACUUUCCAGUGACAGCACGCUAAGCAGCGACACCACCCUCUCUUGUGAUAGCACCCUCUCUAGCGAUAGCACCCUGUCCAGCGACAGCACGCUAAGCAGUGACAGCACCCUCUCCAGCGAUAGCACCCUCGCUAGCGAUAGCACAAUGUCCAGCGACAGCACACUAAGCAGUGAUAGCACCCUCUCUAGCGAUAGCACCCUGUCCAGUGAUAGCACGCUAAGCAGCGACAGCACCCUCUCCAGCGAUAACACCCUCUCUAGCGAUAGCACCCUCUCUAGCGAUAGCACCCUGUCCAGCGACAGCACACUAAGCAGUGACAGCACCCUCUCUAGCGAUAGCACCCUGUCCAGUGAUAGCACGCUAAGCAGCGACAGCACCCUCUCCAGCGAUAGCACCCUCUUUAGCGAUAGCACCCUGUCCAGUGAUAGCACGCUAAGCAGUGACAGCACCCUGUCCAGCGACAGCACCCUAAGCAGUGACAGCGCCGCAAGCGAUACCACGCUAAGCAGUGACAGCACCCUCUCCAGCGAUAGCACCCUCUCUAGCGAUAGCACCCUGUCCAGCGACAGCACGCUAAGCAGUGACAGCACCCUCUCUAGCGAUAGCACCGUGUCCAGUGAUAGCACGCUAAGCAGUGACAGCACUCUUUCCAGCGACAGCACGUUAAGCAGUGACAGCACCCUCUCUAGCGAUAGCACCCUCUCCAGCGAUAGCACCCUGUCCAGUGAUAGCACGCUAAGCAGUGACAGCACCCUCUCCAGCGAUAGCACCCUCUCAAGUGACAGCACCCUGUCAAGCGAUAGCACCCUGUCCAGCGACAGCACGCUAAGCAGCGACAGCACCCUCUCCAGCGAUAGCACCCUCUCUAGCGAUAGCACCCUGUCCAGCGACAGCACGCUGAGCAGUGACAGCACCCUCUCUAGCGAUAGCACCCUGUCCAGUGAUAGUACGCUUAGCAGUGACAGCACCCUCUCCAGCGAUAGCACCCUCUCAAGUGACAGCACCCUGUCAAGCGAUAGCACGCUAAGCAGCGACAGCACCCUCUCCAGCGAGAGCACCCUCUCUAGCGAUAGCACCCUGUCCAGCGACAGCACGCUAAGCAGUGACAGCACCCUCUCUAGCGAUAGCACCCUGUCCAGUGAUAGCACACUAAGCAGUGACAGCACCCUCUCUAGCGAUAGCACCCUGUCCAGUGAUAGCACGCUAAGCAGCGACAGCACCCUCUCCAGCGAUAGCACCCUCUCUAGCGAUAGCACCCUGUCCAGCGACAGCACGCUAAGCAGUGACAGCACCCUCUCUAGCGAUAGCACCGUGUCCAGUGAUAGCACGCUAAGCAGUGACAGCACCCUCUCCAGCGAUAGCACCUUCUCUAGCGAUAGCACCCUGUCCAGCGACAGCACGCUAAGCAGUGACAGCACCCUCUCUAGCGAUAGCACCGUGUCCAGUGAUAGCACGCUAAGCAGUGACAGCACCCUCUCCAGCGAUAGCACCCUCUCUAGCGAUAGCACCCUGUCCAGCGACAGCACGCUAAGCAGUGACAGCACCCUCUCUAGCGAUAGCACCCUGUCCAGUGAUAGCACACUAAGCAGUGACAGCACCCUCUCUAGCGAUAGCACCCUGUCCAGUGAUAGCACGCUAAGCAGCGACAGCACCCUCUCCAGCGAUAGCACCCUCUCUAGCGAUAGCACCCUGUCCAGCGACAGCACGCUAAGCAGUGACAGCACCCUCUCUAGCGAUAGCACCGUGUCCAGUGAUAGCACGCUAAGCAGCGACAGCACCCUCUCCAGCGAUAGCACCCUCUCUAGCGAUAGCACCGUGUCCAGUGAUAGCACGCUAAGCAGUGACAGCACCCUCUCCAGCGAUAGCACCCUCUCUAGCGAUAGCACCCAGUCAAGCGAUAGCACGCUAAGCAGCGAAAGCACCCUCUCCAGCGAUAGCACCCUGUCCAGUGAUAGUACGCUUAGCAGUGACAGCACCCUCUCCAGCGAUAGCACCCUCUCAAGUGACAGCACCCUGUCAAGCGAUAGCACGCUAAGCAGCGACAGCACCCUCUCCAGCGAGAGCACCCUCUCUAGCGAUAGCACCCUGUCCAGCGACAGCACGCUAAGCAGUGACAGCACCCUCUCUAGCGAUAGCACCCUAUCCAGUGAUAGCACGCUAAGCAGUGACAGCACCCUCUCCAGCGAUAGCACCCUCUCUAGCGAUAGCACCCUGUCCAGCGACAGCACGCUAAGCAGUGACAGCACCCUCUCUAGCGAUAGCACCGUGUCCAGUGAUAGCACGCUAAGCAGUGACAGCACCCUCUCCAGCGAUAGCACCCUCUCUAGCGAUAGCACCCUGUCCAGCGACAGCACGCUAAGCAGUGACAGCACCCUCUCUAGCGACAGCACCCUCUCCAGCGAUAGCACCCUGUCCAGUGAUAGCACGCUAAGCAGUGACAGCACCCUCUCCAGCGAUAGCACCCUCUCAAGUGACAGCACCCUGUCAAGCGAUAGCACCCUGUCCAGCGACAGCACGCUAAGCAGUGACAGCACCCUCUCUAGCGAUAGCACGCUAAGCAGUGACAGCACGCUAAGCAGUGACAGCACCCUCUCCAGCGAUAGCACCCUCUCUAGCGAUAGCACCGUGUCCAGUGAUAGCACGCUAAGCAGUGACAGCACCCUCUCCAGCGAUAGCACCCUCUCUAGCGAUAGCACCCUGUCCAGUGAUAGCACGCUAAGCAGUGACAGCACCCUCUCUAGCGACAGCACCCUCUCCAGCGAUAGCACCCUGUCCAGUGAUAGCACGCUAAGCAGUGACAGCACCCUCUCCAGCGAUAGCACCCUCUCAAGUGACAGCACCCUGUCAAGCGAUAGCACCCUGUCCAGCGACAGCACGCUAAGCAGUGACAGCACCCUCUCUAGCGAUAGCACGCUAAGCAGUGACAGCACGCUAAGCAGUGACAGCACCCUCUCCAGCGAUAGCACCCUCUCUAGCGAUAGCACCGUGUCCAGUGAUAGCACGCUAAGCAGUGACAGCACCCUCUCCAGCGAUAGCACCCUCUCUAGCGAUAGCACCCUGUCCAGCGAUAGCACGCUAAGCAGCGACAGCACCCUCUCCAGCGAUAGCACCCUGUCCAGUGAUAGCACGCUAAGCAGUGACAGCACCCUCUCCAGCGAUAGCACCCUCUCAAGUGACAGCACCCUGUCAAGCGAUAGCACCCUGUCCAGCGACAGCACGCUAAGCAGCGACAGCACCCUCUCCAGCGAUAGCACCCUCUCUAGCGAUAGCACCCUGUCCAGCGACAGCACCCUCUCCAGCGAUAGCACCCUCUCUAGCGCUAGCACCGUGUCCAGCGAUAGCACGCUAAGCAGCGACAGCACCCUCUCCAGCGAUAGCACCCUGUCCAGUGAUAGCACGCUAAGCAGUGACAGCACCCUCUCCAGCGAUAGCACCCUCUCAAGUGACAGCACCCUGUCAAGCGAUAGCACCCUGUCCAGCGACAGCACGCUAAGCAGCGACAGCACCCUCUCCAGCGAUAGCACCCUCUCUAGCGAUAGCACCCUGUCCAGCGACAGCACCCUCUCCAGCGAUAGCACCCUCUCUAGCGCUAGCACCGUGUCCAGUGAUAGCACGCUAAGCAGUGACAGCACCCUCUCUAGCGAUAGCACCCUGUCCAGUGAUAGCACGCUAAGCAGUGACAGCACCCUCUCCAGCGAUAGCACCCUCUCUAGCGAUAGCACCCUGUCCAGCGACAGCACGCUAAGCAGUGACAGCACCCUCUCCAGCGAUAGCACCCUCUCUAGCGAUAGCACCCUGUCCAGCGAUAGCACGCUAAGCAGCGACAGCACCCUCUCCAGCGAUAGCACCCUUUCCAGUGAUAGCACGCUAAGCAGUGACAGCACCCUUUCCAGCGAUAGCACCCUCUCUAGCGGUAGCACCCUGUCCAGCGACAGCACGCUAAGCAGUGACAGCCCCCUCUCUAGCGAUAGCACCCUGUCCAGUGAUAGCACGCUAAGCAGCGACAGCACCCUCUCCAGCGAUAGCACCCUCUCUAGCGAUAGCACCCUGUCCAGCGACAGCACGCUAAGCAGCGACAGCACCCUCUCCAGCGAUAGCACCCUCUCUAGCGAUAGCACCUUGUCCAGCGACAGCACCCUCUCUAGCGAUAGCACCCUGUCCAGCGACAGCACGCUAAGCAGUGACAGCACCCUCUCCAGCGAUAGCACCCUCUCUAGCGAUAGCACCGUGUCCAGUGAUAGCACGCUAAGCAGUGACAGCACCCUCUCCAGCGAUAGCACCCUCUCUAGCGAUAGCACCCAGUCCAGCGAUAGCACGCUAAGCAGCGACAGCACCCUCUCCAGCGAUAGCACCCUCUCUAGCGAUAGCACCGUGUCCAGUGAUAGCACGCUAAGCAGUGACAGCACCCUCUCCAGCGAUAGCACCCUCUCUAGCGAUAGCACCCAGUCCAGCGAUAGCACGCUAAGCAGCGACAGCACCCUCUCCAGCGAUAGCACCCUGUCCAGUGAUAGCACGCUAAGCAGUGACAGCACCCUCUCCAGCGAUAGCACCCUCUCAAGUGACAGCACCCUGUCAAGCGAUAGCACCCUGUCCAGCGACAGCACGCUAAGCAGCGACAGCACCCUCUCCAGCGAUAGCACCCUCUCUAGCGAUAGCACCCUGUCCAGCGACAGCACGCUAAGCAGUGACAGCACCCUCUCUAGCGAUAGCACCCUGUCCAGUGAUAGCACGCUAAGCAGUGACAGCACCCUCUCCAGCGAUAGCACCCUCUCUAGCGAUAGCACCCUCUCUAGCGAUAGCACCCUGUCAAGCGGUAGCACCCUGUCCAGCGACAGCACGCUAAGCAGUGACAGCACCUUCUCAAGUGAUAGCACCCUGUCUAGUGAUAGCACGCUAAGCAGUGACAGCACUCUUUCCAGCGACAGCACGUUAAGCAGUGACAGCACCCUCUCCAGCGAUAGCACCCUCUCUAGCGAUAGCACCCUGUCCAGCGACAGCACACUAAGCAGUGACAGCACCCUCUCUAGCGAUAGCACCCUCUCUAGCGAUAGCACCCUGUCCAGCGACAGCACGCUAAGCAGUGACAGCACCCCCUCUAGCGAUAGCACCCUGUCCAGUGACAGCACGCUAAGCAGUGACAGCACCCUCUCCAGCGAUAGCACCCUCUCUAGCGAUAGCACCCUGUCCAGUGAUAGCACGCUAAGCAGUGACAGCACCCUCUCCAGCGAUAGCACUCUAAGCAGUGACAGCACACUUUCCAGUGACAGCACGCUAAGCAGCGACACCACCCUCUCUUGUGAUAGCACCCUCUCUAGCGAUAGCACCCUGUCCAGCGACAGCACGCUAAGCAGUGACAGCACCCUCUCCAGCGAUAGCACCCUCGCUAGCGAUAGCACAAUGUCCAGCGACAGCACACUAAGCAGUGAUAGCACCCUCUCUAGCGAUAGCACCCUGUCCAGUGAUAGCACGCUAAGCAGCGACAGCACCCUCUCCAGCGAUAACACCCUCUCUAGCGAUAGCACCCUCUCUAGCGAUAGCACCCUGUCCAGCGACAGCACACUAAGCAGUGACAGCACCCUCUCUAGCGAUAGCACCCUGUCCAGUGAUAGCACGCUAAGCAGCGACAGCACCCUCUCCAGCGAUAGCACCCUCUUUAGCGAUAGCACCCUGUCCAGUGAUAGCACGCUAAGCAGUGACAGCACCCUGUCCAGCGACAGCACCCUAAGCAGUGACAGCGCCGCAAGCGAUACCACGCUAAGCAGUGACAGCACCCUCUCCAGCGAUAGCACCCUCUCUAGCGAUAGCACCCUGUCCAGCGACAGCACGCUAAGCAGUGACAGCACCCUCUCUAGCGAUAGCACCGUGUCCAGUGAUAGCACGCUAAGCAGUGACAGCACUCUUUCCAGCGACAGCACGUUAAGCAGUGACAGCACCCUCUCUAGCGAUAGCACCCUCUCCAGCGAUAGCACCCUGUCCAGUGAUAGCACGCUAAGCAGUGACAGCACCCUCUCCAGCGAUAGCACCCUCUCAAGUGACAGCACCCUGUCAAGCGAUAGCACCCUGUCCAGCGACAGCACGCUAAGCAGCGACAGCACCCUCUCCAGCGAUAGCACCCUCUCUAGCGAUAGCACCCUGUCCAGCGACAGCACGCUGAGCAGUGACAGCACCCUCUCUAGCGAUAGCACCCUGUCCAGUGAUAGUACGCUUAGCAGUGACAGCACCCUCUCCAGCGAUAGCACCCUCUCAAGUGACAGCACCCUGUCAAGCGAUAGCACGCUAAGCAGCGACAGCACCCUCUCCAGCGAGAGCACCCUCUCUAGCGAUAGCACCCUGUCCAGCGACAGCACGCUAAGCAGUGACAGCACCCUCUCUAGCGAUAGCACCCUGUCCAGUGAUAGCACACUAAGCAGUGACAGCACCCUCUCUAGCGAUAGCACCCUGUCCAGCGACAGCACGCUAAGCAGUGACAGCACCCUCUCUAGCGAUAGCACCGUGUCCAGUGAUAGCACGCUAAGCAGUGACAGCACCCUCUCCAGCGAUAGCACCUUCUCUAGCGAUAGCACCCUGUCCAGCGACAGCACGCUAAGCAGUGACAGCACCCUCUCUAGCGAUAGCACCGUGUCCAGUGAUAGCACGCUAAGCAGUGACAGCACCCUCUCCAGCGAUAGCACCCUCUCUAGCGAUAGCACCCUGUCCAGCGACAGCACGCUAAGCAGUGACAGCACCCUCUCUAGCGAUAGCACCCUGUCCAGUGAUAGCACACUAAGCAGUGACAGCACCCUCUCUAGCGAUAGCACCCUGUCCAGUGAUAGCACGCUAAGCAGCGACAGCACCCUCUCCAGCGAUAGCACCCUCUCUAGCGAUAGCACCCUGUCCAGCGACAGCACGCUAAGCAGUGACAGCACCCUCUCUAGCGAUAGCACCGUGUCCAGUGAUAGCACGCUAAGCAGCGACAGCACCCUCUCCAGCGAUAGCACCCUCUCUAGCGAUAGCACCGUGUCCAGUGAUAGCACGCUAAGCAGUGACAGCACCCUCUCCAGCGAUAGCACCCUCUCUAGCGAUAGCACCCAGUCAAGCGAUAGCACGCUAAGCAGCGAAAGCACCCUCUCCAGCGAUAGCACCCUGUCCAGUGAUAGUACGCUUAGCAGUGACAGCACCCUCUCCAGCGAUAGCACCCUCUCAAGUGACAGCACCCUGUCAAGCGAUAGCACGCUAAGCAGCGACAGCACCCUCUCCAGCGAGAGCACCCUCUCUAGCGAUAGCACCCUGUCCAGCGACAGCACGCUAAGCAGUGACAGCACCCUCUCUAGCGAUAGCACCCUAUCCAGUGAUAGCACGCUAAGCAGUGACAGCACCCUCUCCAGCGAUAGCACCCUCUCUAGCGAUAGCACCCUGUCCAGCGACAGCACGCUAAGCAGUGACAGCACCCUCUCUAGCGAUAGCACCGUGUCCAGUGAUAGCACGCUAAGCAGUGACAGCACCCUCUCCAGCGAUAGCACCCUCUCUAGCGAUAGCACCCUGUCCAGCGACAGCACGCUAAGCAGUGACAGCACCCUCUCUAGCGACAGCACCCUCUCCAGCGAUAGCACCCUGUCCAGUGAUAGCACGCUAAGCAGUGACAGCACCCUCUCCAGCGAUAGCACCCUCUCAAGUGACAGCACCCUGUCAAGCGAUAGCACCCUGUCCAGCGACAGCACGCUAAGCAGUGACAGCACCCUCUCUAGCGAUAGCACGCUAAGCAGUGACAGCACGCUAAGCAGUGACAGCACCCUCUCCAGCGAUAGCACCCUCUCUAGCGAUAGCACCGUGUCCAGUGAUAGCACGCUAAGCAGUGACAGCACCCUCUCCAGCGAUAGCACCCUCUCUAGCGAUAGCACCCUGUCCAGUGAUAGCACGCUAAGCAGUGACAGCACCCUCUCUAGCGACAGCACCCUCUCCAGCGAUAGCACCCUGUCCAGUGAUAGCACGCUAAGCAGUGACAGCACCCUCUCCAGCGAUAGCACCCUCUCAAGUGACAGCACCCUGUCAAGCGAUAGCACCCUGUCCAGCGACAGCACGCUAAGCAGUGACAGCACCCUCUCUAGCGAUAGCACGCUAAGCAGUGACAGCACGCUAAGCAGUGACAGCACCCUCUCCAGCGAUAGCACCCUCUCUAGCGAUAGCACCGUGUCCAGUGAUAGCACGCUAAGCAGUGACAGCACCCUCUCCAGCGAUAGCACCCUCUCUAGCGAUAGCACCCUGUCCAGCGAUAGCACGCUAAGCAGCGACAGCACCCUCUCCAGCGAUAGCACCCUGUCCAGUGAUAGCACGCUAAGCAGUGACAGCACCCUCUCCAGCGAUAGCACCCUCUCAAGUGACAGCACCCUGUCAAGCGAUAGCACCCUGUCCAGCGACAGCACGCUAAGCAGCGACAGCACCCUCUCCAGCGAUAGCACCCUCUCUAGCGAUAGCACCCUGUCCAGCGACAGCACCCUCUCCAGCGAUAGCACCCUCUCUAGCGCUAGCACCGUGUCCAGCGAUAGCACGCUAAGCAGCGACAGCACCCUCUCCAGCGAUAGCACCCUGUCCAGUGAUAGCACGCUAAGCAGUGACAGCACCCUCUCCAGCGAUAGCACCCUCUCAAGUGACAGCACCCUGUCAAGCGAUAGCACCCUGUCCAGCGACAGCACGCUAAGCAGCGACAGCACCCUCUCCAGCGAUAGCACCCUCUCUAGCGAUAGCACCCUGUCCAGCGACAGCACCCUCUCCAGCGAUAGCACCCUCUCUAGCGCUAGCACCGUGUCCAGUGAUAGCACGCUAAGCAGUGACAGCACCCUCUCUAGCGAUAGCACCCUGUCCAGUGAUAGCACGCUAAGCAGUGACAGCACCCUCUCCAGCGAUAGCACCCUCUCUAGCGAUAGCACCCUGUCCAGCGACAGCACGCUAAGCAGUGACAGCACCCUCUCCAGCGAUAGCACCCUCUCUAGCGAUAGCACCCUGUCCAGCGAUAGCACGCUAAGCAGCGACAGCACCCUCUCCAGCGAUAGCACCCUUUCCAGUGAUAGCACGCUAAGCAGUGACAGCACCCUUUCCAGCGAUAGCACCCUCUCUAGCGGUAGCACCCUGUCCAGCGACAGCACGCUAAGCAGUGACAGCCCCCUCUCUAGCGAUAGUACCCUGUCCAGUGAUAGCACGCUAAGCAGCGACAGCACCCUCUCCAGCGAUAGCACCCUCUCUAGCGAUAGCACCCUGUCCAGCGACAGCACGCUAAGCAGCGACAGCACCCUCUCCAGCGAUAGCACCCUCUCUAGCGAUAGCACCUUGUCCAGCGACAGCACCCUCUCUAGCGAUAGCACCCUGUCCAGCGACAGCACGCUAAGCAGUGACAGCACCCUCUCCAGCGAUAGCACCCUCUCUAGCGAUAGCACCGUGUCCAGUGAUAGCACGCUAAGCAGUGACAGCACCCUCUCCAGCGAUAGCACCCUCUCUAGCGAUAGCACCCAGUCCAGCGAUAGCACGCUAAGCAGCGACAGCACCCUCUCCAGCGAUAGCACCCUCUCUAGCGAUAGCACCGUGUCCAGUGAUAGCACGCUAAGCAGUGACAGCACCCUCUCCAGCGAUAGCACCCUCUCUAGCGAUAGCACCCAGUCCAGCGAUAGCACGCUAAGCAGCGACAGCACCCUCUCCAGCGAUAGCACCCUGUCCAGUGAUAGCACGCUAAGCAGUGACAGCACCCUCUCCAGCGAUAGCACCCUCUCAAGUGACAGCACCCUGUCAAGCGAUAGCACCCUGUCCAGCGACAGCACGCUAAGCAGCGACAGCACCCUCUCCAGCGAUAGCACCCUCUCUAGCGAUAGCACCCUGUCCAGCGACAGCACGCUAAGCAGUGACAGCACCCUCUCUAGCGAUAGCACCCUGUCCAGUGAUAGCACGCUAAGCAGUGACAGCACCCUCUCCAGCGAUAGCACCCUCUCUAGCGAUAGCACCCUCUCUAGCGAUAGCACCCUGUCAAGCGGUAGCACCCUGUCCAGCGACAGCACGCUAAGCAGUGACAGCACCUUCUCAAGUGAUAGCACCCUGUCUAGUGAUAGCACGCUAAGCAGUGACAGCACUCUUUCCAGCGACAGCACGUUAAGCAGUGACAGCACCCUCUCCAGCGAUAGCACCCUCUCUAGCGAUAGCACCCUGUCCAGCGACAGCACACUAAGCAGUGACAGCACCCUCUCUAGCGAUAGCACCCUCUCUAGCGAUAGCACCCUGUCCAGCGACAGCACGCUAAGCAGUGACAGCACCCCCUCUAGCGAUAGCACCCUGUCCAGUGACAGCACGCUAAGCAGUGACAGCACCCUCUCCAGCGAUAGCACCCUCUCUAGCGAUAGCACCCUGUCCAGUGAUAGCACGCUAAGCAGUGACAGCACCCUCUCCAGCGAUAGCACCCUCUCAAGUGACAGCACCCUGUCAAGCGAUAGCACCCUGUCCAGCGACAGCACCCUCUCUAGCGAUAGCACCGUGUCCAGUGAUAGCACGCUAAGCAGUGACAGCACCCUCUCCAGCGAUAGCACCCUCUCUAGCGAUAGCACGCUAAGCAGUGACAGCACGCUAAGCAGUGACAGCACCCUCUCCAGCGAUAGCACCCUCUCUAGCGAUAGCACCGUGUCCAGUGAUAGCACGCUAAGCAGUGACAGCACCCUCUCCAGCGAUAGCACCCUCUCUAGCGAUAGCACCCUGUCCAGCGAUAGCACGCUAAGCAGCGACAGCACCCUCUCCAGCGAUAGCACCCUUUCCAGUGAUAGCACGCUAAGCAGUGACAGCACCCUUUCCAGCGAUAGCACCCUCUCUAGCGGUAGCACCCUGUCCAGCGACAGCACGCUAAGCAGUGACAGCCCCCUCUCUAGCGAUAGCACCGUGUCCAGUGAUAGCACGCUAAGCAGCGACAGCACCCUCUCCAGCGAUAGCACCCUGUCCAGCGACAGCACGCUAAGCAGUGACAGCACCCUUUCCAGCGAUAGCACCCUCUCUAGCGGUAGCACCCUGUCCAGCGACAGCACGCUAAGCAGUGACAGCCCCCUCUCUAGCGAUAGCACCGUGUCCAGUGAUAGCACGCUAAGCAGUGACAGCACCCUUUCCAGCGAUAGCACCCUCUCAAGCGAUAGCACCCUGUCCAGCGACAGCACGCUAAGCAGUGACAGCACCCUCUCUAGCGAUAGCACGCUAAGCAGUGACAGCACGCUAAGCAGUGACAGCACCCUCUCCAGCGAUAGCACCCUCUCUAGCGAUAGCACCGUGUCCAGUGAUAGCACGCUAAGCAGUGACAGCACCCUCUCCAGCGAUAGCACCCUUUCCAGUGAUAGCACGCUAAGCAGUGACAGCACCCUUUCCAGCGAUAGCACCCUCUCUAGCGGUAGCACCCUGUCCAGCGACAGCACGCUAAGCAGUGACAGCCCCCUCUCUAGCGAUAGCACCGUGUCCAGUGAUAGCACGCUAAGCAGCGACAGCACCCUCUCCAGCGAUAGCACCCUGUCCAGCGACAGCACGCUAAGCAGUGACAGCACCCUUUCCAGCGAUAGCACCCUCUCUAGCGAUAGCACCCUGUCCAGUGAUAGCACGCUAAGCAGUGACAGCACCCUCUCCAGCGAUAGCACCCUCUCAAGUGACAGCACCCUGUCAAGCGAUAGCACCCUGUCCAGCGACAGCACGCUAAGCAGUGACAGCCCCCUCUCUAGCGAUAGCACCGUGUCCAGUGAUAGCACGCUAAGCAGUGACAGCACCCUCUCCAGCGAUAGCACCCUCUCUAGCGAUAGCACCCUGUCCAGCGAUAGCACGCUAAGCAGCGAUAGCACCCUCUCUAGCGAUAGCACCCUGUCCAGUGAUAGCACGCUAAGCAGUGACAGCACCCUCUCCAGCGAUAGCACCCUCUCAAGUGACAGCACCCUGUCAAGCGAUAGCACCCUGUCCAGCGACAGCACGCUAAGCAGUGACAGCACCUUCUCAAGUGAUAGCACCCUGUCUAGUGAUAGCACGCUAAGCAGUGACAGCACUCUUUCCAGCGACAGCACGUUAAGUAGUGACAGCACCCUCUCCAGCGAUAGCACCCUCUCUAGCGAUAGCACCCUGUCCAGCGACAGCACACUAAGCAGUGACAGCACCCUCUCUAGCGAUAGCACCCUCUCUAGCGAUAGCACGCUGAGCAGCGACAGCACCCUCUCCAGCGAUAGCACCCUCUCUAGCGAUAGCACCCUGUCCAGCGACAGCACGCUAAGCAGUGACAGCACCCGCUCUAGCGAUAGCACCCUGUCCAGUGAUAGCACGCUAAGCAGCGACAGCACCCUCUCCAGCGAUAGCACCCUCUCUAGCGAUAGCACCCUGUCCAGCGACAGCACGCUAAGCAGCGGCAGCACCCCCUCUAGCGAUAGCACCCUGUCCAGUGAUAGCACCCUUUCCAGUGACAGCACCCUCUCUAGCGAUAGCACCCUUUCCAGCGAUAGCACCCUGUCCAGCGACAGCACGCUAAGCAGUGACAGCACCCCCUCUAGCGAUAGCACCCUGUCCAGUGAUAGCACCCUUUCCAGUGACAGCACCCUCUCUAGCGAUAGCACCCCCUCUAGCGAUAGCACCCUGUCCAGUGAUAGCACCCUUUCCAGUGACAGCACCCUCUCUAGCGAUAGCACCCUUUCCAGCGAUAGCACCCUGUCCAGCGAUAGCACGCUAAGCAGUGACAGCCCAGGUUUUUCCGAAGUUGCAAUCCAAAGAUCAGCGGAGACAGCCGUGGCAUCAUCUACUAUUGCUGCAUCAACAGCAGCAUCACUGGGGAGCUUAGCCACAGCAGUGGCAGCUGCAGUAUCAGGGGGCUUCGUACCAGCAGAAGAAGCUGCACAAAGAGCGUCAUUUGCUGCGGAACAGGCAGCCACUGCUGCAUCUUCAUUUUCUCUUGGCACAAUGAAUGCAGCUGCAGCAGCAGCAGCAGCAGAUAAUGCAGCAGACUCAUCUGAAAUUGCUGCAGCCAGAGCACAAGAAGCAACGCUUCAGGCGAACGGGGACUUAGUAGCAUUUGCACGACAACUCGCCGAAGCAGCAGAAGAAGCAGCAACCAUAGCAAGACUAGCUGCAAGGACAACUGCCGUCGGAGCGAGUUUUACGCCUUCUGACCUCACUGCCGAAAAUGUGGCAUCUCUAAUAGAUGAUGCAAGAAAGGCAAACCAAGAGGCUGAGAUGGCAGCACAAGAACUACAAGCUCUCCUCAAUUCAGCAGAGCUACCAGCGGAUGUAGAGGCCAGCGUAAGACAAGCUAUAGAGGAAGCUGCAUACUCAACUUUGUUGGUGGAACAAACAGCAGCAGAAGCUCGACGUGCACUCGACACAGCCCAACAAUCUACGGCACCAAAUGACAGAAAUGUACAAGCUGAGUUAGCUAGUGAACUAGCUGCCCUACAAAUACAAAACGCAGCACAGGACGCGGUUGCGGCUGCACAGGCUGCGGAAACACCGUCAGAAGCUGUCCAAGCGUCAAGAGAAGCCUCCCUGGCGGCAGCAGCAGCGUCCCUCGCAGCUUCGGCGGCGACAGUUGUCGGGGCAAAUACCGGAAGAGAUCUCAACGAUCUCAUCGACGCCGCCUUUGACAGCGCAGAGGCAGCAAAUCGUGCGGCUUUAUUAGUUGCAAAUGGAGAGGCGGAACCACUGGAGGCGAGAGAUGCCGCGGCAAGAGCAGCAGACGCGGCAGAAGCGGUGGCCAACGCAGCUGCUUCUGCGUCUGGAAGUCUUGAAGUGGAAGCAGGAAGGUUCUCGCCCGAGGCGGCAAGGGUGUCACUCGACGCGGCGGCGGUGGCCAGACAAGUGGCGACGGGAAGACCAGAUACAUUUUCCGACACCUCGGCAGAAUUCGUGAUGACAUCCAGAAGGGCCGCAGAACUUUUCGGGAGUCAGUUGUCAUCCAUGCAGACACCUGAAAUAUUUGAAGCGAUUGCCGAUGCAGAGCAAGUCGCCUUGCUGGCGGAAGCUACAGGCAUCGUUGCAGGAGCUACGGAGAAUUUUGAGGACGCGAGAAGCUUAGCGAGAUCCGCGAGCACAACAACACGAACAGGGAUAGACCUGAUGCAAAACAUCAUGAACAGAACAACGCUGAGCCUGGCACAAGAGUCGUUGGUGGUCGGCUUCGUAGCUUCGGCCGCGGCUAUAACCGCAACGAGCUCGGCGGCGGCGGGCGGAGCAGGGGCCGAGUCAGCAGCCAGAGAUGCAUUAACCGCCGCACGGGAAGCGGCGAGCUCUGCCACCUCACUGAGUAACAGUCAAGUUACCCUGAACUCGACAGUGAACGCCGGACUCGCGGCAUUUCUCGCAGCCAAUACCGCAGCCAAUGCGGCCCUGGCCGAAUCGCAAAAUGGCUCGGACCUGGAAAUGCAGUUGGCUCGCCUGGCAAUGGAGGCGGCUGAAAUAGCGUCCGGGGCGACAAGAGCGGCGCAAACUGUCGCCUCCGGUCAAGCAACCACGCAAACAAUUACAGAAGCCCAACAAGUGGCCAGAGAAAUCGACAAUGAGUGGAGGAUGUUUACAAGGAGGGUGCAAGACACGGUGACUGGUACUUCGCAGCCAUGCACGGAGAUUAUUCUGGAUCCGCUGGCCAUCCUGUCUGUGGGGUCCACAGGGCAAGUGUGCACUGACUUAACCAAACAAGCGGCAGCGUUGGCUGUGAUAGUAACCGCGCCGGGCCGUCGCCUCAACACCGAGACGGACACCAUGCGGGCUCUGGCGUCAGCGACGGCCUCGUCUGCAAAUAUCGCAGUGCGAACGGCAGACGCGUCGUUGGCCAAGGCUACGUUUAUAAACGGCGCCGACGUACAGACGCUCUCAUUCACCGCCAUGAUCGCCGCUGUCGUGUUCACAUUGCUUUUGUGAAGCGUGUUUUAAAAAUGAGAAAGCCAUCUAUUUAUGUUUGUGAUCAAAUGUAUGUCUCAUAUAUGCACCUUAUCAUUUAUUCAGUGACACUGCGUGUAUAUAAAUGUACUUAUCUGCUGUUAUGAAAGUCAGUGCAAACAGUUGCGCUUCAACUUCUGAGUGUUUUGCAAUUGUGUGUAAGAUAAAAAUUUAACUAUAUAAGUUCGACUCUUCCACUUAUAUACGACCGUGAAGCUUCUUAAAGGAUUAUGUUAUAAUUAUAAAUAUAAUUAUUGUCUACUUUGUACUCUAUUACCAGUUUCAAAUUUAACCAUUUUUUUAAGUAUUUAAACAUAAAAAGUGGAUUAGUUGGUUUUAUGUAUAUGACUGAGUUAAUGAUUAUUAAACCUAUUUCUGGACCUAAAAAACAAUUGGGUGUUUGUUUUCUACAGUAUGUUUGCCGCAGCUGAGAAAAGUGCGACAGCCCCAACUAGUAAUUCAGAAAUAAAUUGAAUUGUUUUCAUUUCAACUGAAUAUAAGCAAAGAUGAAAAUAAACCAUGUCAAUGUCAAA